AUGGCGGCCCUCGUCGAGGCCUCGGCCCUGCAGCCCUGGGCCGUGCUCAAGGCCUUCGCCGGCGGCGUCGCGCGCGGCGAGGACACGGCCUUCGAGUGGGACCCGCCGGACGCGCCCAAGUCGUGCACGAGCUGGAACGAGGCCGUGCACGGCGCCGAGCCCCUGGCCCUGCUCGAGGGCGAGGCGCGCGAGAACUUCGCGACGGCGCCGAAGCGGCCGCCGGCGCAGUUCAAGAGCUUCCGCGACUUCGCGAUCAAGCUCAACUCCCAGGAGCGGAGCAACAAGCGCGCGCGGCCCAUGCUCUUCGUCGGGGGCUGCCACCGGUCCGGCACGUCCGUGCUCGCGCGGCUCCUGAAGCGGAGCCCGCUCGUCGCCGGCAUGGAGGACACGGACGCGCCCGAGGACGAGGGCCAGCACCUCCAGCACGUGCUGCCGACGGACGAGGAGCACGGCGGCGUCGGCUGCUUCGCGCUCGACGCAAAGUGGCUCCGGCGCGCGUUCGGCCCCGCGGCGCGGUUCCUCAUCAUUGUGCGCCACCCGCUGGCCUGCGCGCUGGCGACGCGCGAGUUCCUCAAGGAGUUCGAAUCGCCGACGCCGACGCUGCGCACGUGCCUGAGGAACUGGGUCGCCGCGCACGCGGCGCUCGACGAGGACGCCGUCGAGCUCCGGCGCAUGGCGCUCCUCGACGACGUCAGGCACGGCUCGGGCGACGCGUGCCUCCUGCGCAUCGCCUUCUCCGACCUCGUGCGGGACCCGGCGGCCGUGCUCGAGCGCAUCGGCGCGGAGCUCGUCGACGCGCCGCUCCACGUGGCGGCCGAGGACGUCGCCGCCGUCGUCAAGGAGGGCGACCCGGACGACAAGUACCGCGCCAUGUGGCGCGAGUGGCCGGACAGGCCCUUCCGCUGGGACGAGAACGGCACCUUCGAGCUCGGCUCGGACAAGCCCGCGCCCCCCGCGCGCCGCGAGGCGGGCGCCGCGGGCAUCGUCGCCGAGUUCACGGAGCCGCUCGCGCGGCUGGGCUUCCCGCGCGCGUUCAAGGACGACUGGGCGAGGACGCCGCCGCCGGAACCCGCGGAUUAA